CCUGAAGCUAAGCCAGCCUUGAGGAGGCCGCAUUCCCUCUCCUCUCCGAGUGAAGACUCAGGCUUGAAUCCAUUCCAGGAUAAACUUCUCCUGGCCAAGAGAUAACACAACUUCAAGGUGACAACCAGGGAGGCCUUUUAAAAGUCCUCCUUCCCCGUUAGAGUUGCUGAGUUCCUCCACAGCUGGCCGUCUGCCGGCACCCGCUACCAUGUGGGAACUCGUGUGUCUCUCGCUGCUCAUCCUAGCCUAUUUCUUUUGGCCCAAGCCAAAGACAUGUGAUGCCAAGUUUCCCAGGAGCCUCCCAUCCCUGCCCCUUGUGGGCAGCCUGCCGUUUCUCCCCAGACACGGCCACAUGCAUGUCAACUUCUUCAAGCUGCAGAAAAAAUACGGUCCCAUCUAUUCUCUUCGUCUGGGCACCACACCGACCGUGAUCAUCGGCCAAUAUCAGCUGGCCAGGGAAGUGCUCGUUAAGAAAGGAAAAGAAUUCUCCGGUCGGCCCCAGAUGGUGACUCUAGGCCUCUUGUCGGACCAAGGGAAAGGUAUCGCCUUUGCUGACUCUGAUGGCUCCUGGCAGCUACACCGGAAGCUGGCACUCAGCUCCUUUGCCCUCUUCAGGGAUGGUGACCACAAGCUGGAGAAGAUCAUAUGUCAGGAAGCCAGCUCACUGUGUGACUUGCUGCUCACCCACAAUGAGGAGUCCAUAGAUCUGUCCCAGCCUAUCUUCACGUCAAUAACCAACAUCAUCUGUGCCGUCUGCUUCAGCACCUCUUAUGAGAACAGGGAUCCGAUAUUGACCACCAUACAGACCUUUACAGAAGGCAUCCUGAAUUGCCUAGACAAUGAAAAUCUGGUGGACAUUUUCCCUUGGUUGACGAUUUUCCCCAAUAAAACCUUGGAAAAGAUAAAGAGACACGUUAAAGUUCGAGAGGAAGUACUGAUUGACAUGUUGGAAAAAUGCAAGGAGAAAUUCAACAAUGACUCCAUCUCCAACUUGACGGACAUUCUGAUACAAGCCAAGAUGAACGCAGAUAAUAACAACACCACUGAUGACCAGGGUUCAUUUUCAGAUAGACACAUCCUUUCCACAGUGGGAGACUUCUUCGGGGCUGGUAUAGAGACCACCACCUCUGUGUUGUGUUGGAUUGUGGCUUUCCUGCUACACAAUCCUGAGGUGAAAAAGAAGAUCCAAAAAGAAAUUGACCAGAAUAUAGGUUUCAGCCGCACACCAACUUUCAAUGACCGAAAUCACCUCCUCAUGCUGGAGGCCACUAUCCGAGAAGUGCUUCGUAUCAGGCCAGUGGCCCCCAUGCUCAUCCCCCACAAGGCUAACAUUGACUCAAGCAUUGGCGAAUUUACCAUCCCCAAGGACACACACGUAGUCAUCAAUCUGUGGGCCCUGCAUCACGAUGAGAAGGAAUGGGACCAUCCAGAUCAGUUCAUGCCUGAGCGCUUCUUAGACCCCACGGGAAACCAUCUCAUUACACCCUCGCUAAGCUACCUGCCCUUCGGAGCUGGGCCCCGCGCCUGCAUUGGAGAGGUUCUAGCCCGUCAGGAGCUCUUCCUCUACAUGGCCUGCCUGCUACAGAGGUUUGACCUGGAUGUGCCAGACGAUGCGCCGAUGCCCUGCUUGGAAGGGGACCCCAAGGUGGUCUUUCUGAUUGAUCCCUUCAAAGUGAAGGUCACAGUGCGCCAGGCAUGGAAGGAUGCCCAGGCAGAGGUUGGCACCUGGAGGCCAUGACUCAUGUCUCCUGGUCCCAUGCUGUGCAGCCCACAGCACAAAACUAGAGGUGCUGCCCCUACUGACUCCUACAUGCCUCCUCCUCCUCCCCCCCCC